GGUUGACCAGCUACUAAAAAGGGACUGGAAAGAGAGUGAGAGUAAGAGAAAGGGAACUCGCAGACCAUAGGUAUCGUAAUGCCUACUAUACACAAUGUCAUGCGCGUAUGUCUGCGACAUCAUCAACCAGUCGCCGGCCUAUGCGUGGUAGUUCACUGGGAAGGCGGGUCAUCAUCCCAUUUGACUGAGCUGCAGUCCCACGGGCGUGUUGUGGACCAAAGAGGUGCGGAGAAGAUCAUGUUGAAACUUGCUAGGCAGGGCCGAGCCGAGCUAAGGGAGAAUAAUUGCCGACGGCUAGGCAGAGUUGCUCUCGCCAAGGGGGUUUGUGGGUUGUGGCGGGUCGGUCUAUUACGGGAGCAUGGCUCGCGGGAAGAGCCGAACACCUUGGAAGUACCUGAAACAUGGCAAAGAGAUGGGACGGGAGGUCGCCAGGGCUCGUGGAAUGCAAGAAAGACAAGAGGCAAAAAGGUGGCAACGCAGAGCACGACCCGGCAGAAACGGAUCAUGGUCAUGUUGUACUCGGGCGGGCUGCAAUGA